AUGCCAACAUAUACAUUUCACCUCUACCAGACACAGGACGCUGACCACAACUUGCCGCCAAGGCGGUCUGAUGAUUUGGAGGCUCACGUUACGUCUCGUGUUUCUGCCAAGGUGGAGGCUGUCGAAGGCUUCACAGCAGAACUGCGUGUUUUGGUGGAGGAGCGCUUACUGAUCGCUUUGGCGGAGUUGGAGCAGCAGGUGCCACAGCUGUGCCGUCAACAAGAGCUGCAGGCUGCAGAUGCCGCUGAAAGGGCGGGAAAGCUGCAGGAGUACGAGGUGCGCUUGGAGAUGGUGUCGCGGCGGCUGGGGACACAGGAGGAAAGGUUGCAGAGUUGUUUUGAUCGCUUGGAGAGAGUGCCGCAGCUGCCGCAGCUGCGGAGCCUUUGCCGAGAGGAAGCCCAAAAGCGGCUUGGCGAGGAGCUCCCUUGCAUGGCCCAAGAGCUGUCAAGGCAUCAGGAUCUGCUCGAGGAGGUUCAACUUCAGCUACAAAGAUUCGGAGGACGUUGGCUUGGGCGCAGCCAGGGUAAAGAGUUCAGCUGA